CUAGUCUCUGACAUGGAAAAUGUUGAUCAAAUGAUUAUUGAUUCUUCUUUUUCAACUACCAAAGAAUUUCAAAAUUUGUCAGAUUUGGGGCCAAAUCAAAUAAUUGAAGGAGUAAUUCGCUGCCUUUGGAAAUGCAAUCCAAGUACAAUAACAACUAUUCCAAGCUAUAAAAUGCCAGGAAAUGCUGUAGAUCGAUUCAAAAUUGCUACAAAAAUAGCUCAAGAAAUUAAGUCGCUUGGAAUUAAUGAUUCGCAAAUUGGUUAUCAAACACUUUUAUAUCCAAAUGUUUUUGAGAGCAGACGUAUUUUUCUUGCAUUAUUCGAACGAUUACCAAAAGAGAAGGUUGUGGUUGAUGAAAUGAAACGAACCCCAUUGGAGCAGUUAAAAUUUAAUGUUGGUGAAGUUAUUGCUAAACAACUAUCAGAACAUUGGACACCCGAAUUUUGUCGAUUUUAUGAUCUAAAAAGAAUUGGAAGGUUUUGGCAUACACGAGGAGAGGAUACUUUUGGGAGGAAUGAUGAAAAAGAAGAAAAAUCAGUUUUGGAGAAUUUGGAACCCCCAAAAAUUGGAGAGAAACCAAGAUUGCCCCCUAAACCUAAAUUUACCGCCAAACCUACUACAAGUGAGGAACAAAAAGAAAUAUUUUCCUCAGCAAUUCCAUCAACUUCUGAUCAAGUUUUUACUGACAACGAAAAUUUGGCCGAACAAAUUUCUUCUAAACGUUCAAAUUUAUUGGAAAGUCAAAAUGUUCUUUUGAGGCUUCAACAACAAAUUUCUCAACUAACCGACCAAAUCCAAAAUAAACAAGAAACAGCCAACUUGAACGAUAAACGACUUUUAGCUCUUUUGGAGGAAGGGGAUGCUGAGGAGAACUUGGAAAAAUUGAGGAGUUUUGUAGCAACCGCUGAAGAACGACGUUUAGCAUUGGAAGAAAAAUUUAUGGAAGCAAAAGCUGAACUUCUAGAACGAUUAGAAAAUGCUAAAAGUGUUACAAAAGACAACUAUCCCGAAUCCUAUGAUCAAAAUAUAAUUACUGAACUAGAAGAGGAAUUUGAAAGAAAGAAAAGAAUUCAGGCAAAAUUGUUAAAAGAAUUACAAAAAUCCUCAACAUCAGAAAAUAAUGGAAUUAAAUCAGAAAAUCGUAAAAAGAUGUUAGACAAAAUUUUGGAGAUUAAUGCAAUGGUUGUGAAACAAAACGAGCAAAUAAGAAAGACAGCCUCUUCUGUUCAACAAAUUCGCCGAGAAAUAGUUCAACUUGAUGGAAUACUUGAUCGAACAUUUACUGCUGUAGACAGAUGGAUUGGUGCAAAUGGAAAUGUUUUUGGUAGUGGAAUAUCCUCUUCAAUGACUUUAACACAAAAAGAAAAUAAACAAAUGGUUAUAAUUAGAAGACAAAGAGCUUAUAAAUUGCUUGUAAAAACUCAUGAACAAUGUGCCCUUAUUACCAGUGCAAUACAAACCCAAGGAGAAAUGGAAUGCCAAUUAGAUGAAUUAACAAAUAAAAUUGAAUUAGAAACUCAAAAAGGAGUGGAUGGACAACUUGAAAGAUUACUAGAUGAUUUAAUGGUUAUUCGUGCAGAAAAUAGGGAAUUGGAAAGAAGAAUAGAAAAUGAAGAGGAAGAAAAUGGAGAUGAACAGGAAGAAGAAAAAGGUGUUUAAAUAUAAAAAUAUGGUCGGAUCUCAUUUAAAGAUACCCAUUCUCGAUUAGAUACCUUCUACUUUCAUUAGCGGAAGACCCCCUGUUGAUAUCCCCCUCAAUACAAGACACGGUUUUCAGCCCCAGCCCCUGGCUACGCCCUUGCUUUCUGUUUAUUUUACUCCUCAAGACACUCCUCAAUUUGAAACUUUUUUAUAAUCCUUUAUCUAAUAUCAGUGGCCAACCCACUUCUCUC